UUGUACCCCGUUAGUUCGCGGGUCGUUGUAUUCUCAAGUCUCGUUUGAAGCAUAAUAGUGCGCUCCGGCGAGCCACUGCGACAAACAACAAUGUCUUUCAAGCUUUCCGAUCUUCUCAACCCGGCAUCUUCUUCUGUUCCUACAUCUCCACAAGCGCAACCUGCCCAGACGCAAGCCAUCUCGCCUCCAGAUUCGAACUCGGCGCCUGAAAACACGGACCGUAAGGAUUCGACGGGCGCUUAUGCCGCGACGACAUUAGGCAGCUUUGUAUUCGGACACGGCUCGCCCUUUUCGCCGCAUGACCAGUAUGCUUCAUCGGCACCGUAUCCGCAAGUGCGCCGGACGAGUAGCUAUGGCUCAGUCGGAGGGCCAGUAGAACCGCCGUCUGUCGACCACGCGCCGCACCAGUGGUCGCCUUCAUUGGAACAAUACCAUCAUGGCUCUAAAUCGCCCGAGGAACAACGAAGACAGUCACUUUUCUCCAUGUGUUCCAACCCGAAUGUGCUUCCUCCCAUACAGUCGUUUGAUGUGGUGGGCGACAGAAGGCUAAGCGGCGAGCAAUCGCAAGCACAACACGUCUCUCCAGCGCCCUACGGGCACGACGCGUCGCAUAUCCUUGGGACGUCUCCAAGUGAUUCGCCGCGGCGCACUAGUCAGCUGUCGCCUAACACGAUUGCGCAAAACCGUGAGCCGGACUAUGUGCGCGACGAACCGACGACCAGCCAAAUCCGCGCGCCCUCUCCCCAAGCUCCCAUCGUAGACACAACCUCGACAUCAUUGCUCGCAUCACCACCUCCGCAAAUCAAGCUCGAGCCAUCGGCUCCAUCUCGGGAAGCCACACCCGCACACGCCGCGAGUCAGACCGAGCAAGGCAGCGUCUUGGACCGGGAAACCCUCAAGGCCGUGGCCGACCUGAAGAACGAGCACGGUCUGCGCGCGGCCGCUCGAGAAGUCUCUUCAUCCACCGCAGCAGCAGCACCCGCCGCACCCAUGGACGCCACCGUUACCUCGCCCUCGGCCGCGAAGAAGCGCAAACCUGUCAACAGCGUCGUGAAGCGCGGAGGGGGCAAGAAAGCUCCGGGCAAGAAACGCAAGACUGAUGGCGGUGACGCAGCUGGCGGCAGCGCUGGCCGACCCUCCCCCUCACCUUCGGUAGCCUCGAGAACGCCUGCCUCGAGGACCAAGAAAUCUCAGUCCGGAACCCCUGUCCUCGGCAGCUCACCGGCGCCACAUGCCGCUUCGUCUCCUGCGGCGCAUACAAUGGAAGAUGACGACGACGACGUAGAGUCUGGGUCGGAUGACGGCAUAUACUGUAUCUGCCGUAAGGGAGACAACCACACGUGGAUGAUCGCCUGCGACGGUAGCUGUCAGGAUUGGUACCAUGGGACUUGCGUCAACGUCGACGAGAUCGACGGCGACCUGAUCGAGAAAUAUUACUGUCCUAAGUGUACCGAAGCGGGCGAGGGUCACACCACGUGGAAGCGCAUGUGCCGUCGCGAGGGCUGUCGUAAGCCUGCGCGCCGCGACAAUCAGAGCAAAUACUGCUCAGAGGAGUGUGGCGUGAAGUUCUUCACGGAGAUGGUCGGUAACCUGCGGGGUGGGAGCCAAUCUACAAAGACCGGUGGCAGGAAUAGGAGGGAUCGCAGGAGAACAAACCAGACGGAUCCCAAUUACAACGAGGGCGAAGACGAGGAAGACGACGUUGCUGCCGGUCCCCGUGGUGGUGUCGUAUCGGCUCGGGAGCUCAAGGGCCUAACGAUCGCUGCGCGCGACGUCGAUCACUACAAAGGCCUCGGAAACAGCAUGCUAUCACCACCUGCCACAGCAUCGCCAACGCAAACUCGCUUCCCGCACCGCAAUUCGACGUCCUCGGUCGACGAAUCGGAAGUACCGCUCCCGGCGCCCGACGCGCAACGAGUAAGCGACAUACAAGCCGAGACAGCGGCGCUGAAAGCGCGCCUAGGUCUGUUGAAGGACAGAGGGCGGUUUGUGGAAAUGACGCGGGACCAGGCGACCAAGUUUGCGGAAAAGGAGGGCGUCAAGCCCAAGGACAUAUGUGGGUACGAUGCACGGCUAGCAUGGAGCGAAGGUGAGUUCCAGCUCUGGCGCAGCAGUCCACAGGGCCAAGCAGCACUGAAGCAAGACUCCCUGGAGCCAACUCUAAACGGGAGCAACAACAACGGCUCCAGCGAAGCCGACCUCGACGGGGACGUCAAGAUGGACGAAGCCGAAGAGGAAGAAGUCGACAUGGUGCGCAACGGCUCGCCCGACGAGGACACCACGCCCACCGCCGACAGCCCCACCGACUUGCUGCGGGCCCUGCUCGCGCCCCCGGACCUCUGCCCCAAGAAGCGCUGUCAGCGCCAUGCUCAGUGGCUCAAGAUCUCGUCCUACGACGUACAGUUCGAGGUCGCGCAGACACGGCAGCGCAUGGGCGAGCUGGAGGCCGAGGAGCGCGAGAUCCGCGAACGCGCCCUCGUGCGCUGGCGCAAGGAACGCGCCGAGAAGGCGAAGCUGGAGCGCGAGAGCGGCGAGGGUGGUGAGAGCGGCGGCGCGAACACUGAGGACCUGGAGGGCUGGGUCGAGGUUUUGGGCUGAUCGGUUGAUGAUGGGUGGUGGUUGGGUGGAUGGGGCGGAGGCAUGAGCACUGCUGCUGCGGAAGUGACAUCCCUACUGCGCGGGUCAAGGCGGCUGUACGUGAGGGAGGUAAUUUGCUUGGCGUUGGAGUUUUCUGGGCUGGUGGUCUACGUCUUGGCUUCUUGCAUGGGAGGAUUGACUGGGUGGGUGGUCGGUCGUCUAGGAUGGGUUUCGGCAUCGGUGCAAAAGGAUCUAAGGAGGAAAAAACAACAGACGCGUCGUUCUCUUCGCGGUCGACCUCAGGAGGGGUGGAGACGGGUCCGCAGUCUCUGCUGGAUAUUGGAAUGAUCGACGCAGCGCGAGCAGAGGCUUCUGCGGCUUCUCCAUCGCUAUCGCAACGUGUCCGGCGCCGGCUUCGCUUGCUUGCUGAGACUUGAUGAUAAAUAACCAAAACGCAAUAUGUAAUGAACGAUUAAGCAGACGAGACGAGCAG